AUGUUCACGUCCAAGUCCAACUCGGUGUCGCCCUCGCCGUCUCUGGAGCAGGCUGACUCGGACGCGCUGGACAUCAGCACCAAAGUGCAGCUCUAUGGUGUGCUGUGGAAGCGGCCCUUCGGGAGGCCGUCGGCCAAGUGGUCCCGACGGUUUUUCAUCAUCAAAGAGAGCUUUCUUCUUUACUACUCUGAGAGUGAAAAAAAGAGCUUUGAAACCAACAAAUAUUUCAAUAUACAUCCUAAGGGUGUCAUCCCUCUGGGGGGCUGCCUGGUGGAGGCUAAGGAAGAGCCCAGCAUGCCCUAUGCCAUGAAAAUCUCCCACCAGGAUUUCCACGGGAACAUCUUGCUGGCUGCCGAGUCGGAGUUUGAGCAGACCCAGUGGCUGGAUAUGCUGCAGGAGUCUGGGAAGGUGACUUGGAAGAAUGCCCAGCUGGGAGAAGCCAUGAUCAAAAGCCUAGAGGCCCAGGGGCUGCAGCUGGCCAAGGAGAAGCAGGAGUAUUUAGACAAACUGAUGGAAGAGACUGAAGAACUCUGCCUUCAGAGGGAGCAGAGAGAGGAGCUUGAGCGCCUGAACCAGGUGCUGGAGGCCGAGAAGCAGCAGUUUGAGGAGGUGGUACAGGAGCUGAAGAUGGAACAGGAGCAGAUCAAGAGGGAGCUAGAACUGACUGCAAGAUGCCUCAAGGGUGUGGAGCAAGAGAAAAAGGAGCUGAGGCGCCUCACAGAGUCCUUACAGCAGAUGCUGGAGGAACUCUCCAUAGAGAAGAGGAAAACCCUGGAAAUGCUGGAGGAGAAUGAGAAGCAGCUGCAGACACUGGCCAAUCAGAGCGAGCAGCCCCCUCCCAGCGGGGGUCUCCAUAGCAACCUGAGGCAGAUAGAGGAGAAGAUGCAGCAGCUCUUAGAGGAGAAGCUCCUGGCGGAGGCGCGGAUGAAGGAGAACGAGGAACGCUCGCGUGCCCUGGAGGAGGAACGGGAGUUCUAUUCCAGCCAAUCCCAGGCGCUGCAGAACUCGCUGCAGGAGCUGACGGCGGAGAAGCAGCAGGCCGAGCGCGAGCUCAAGGCUGAGGUGAAGGUCCGCGUGGAGCUGGAGAGGCGUCUGCGGGAGGCAGAGGGCGCCUUGCGGAGCCUGGAACAAGGGCUCAACUCCAAGGUGCGGAACAAGCAGAAGGAAGAGAGGAUGCGGGCCGACGUGAGCCGCCUGAAGAGGUUCUUUGAAGAGUGCAUCCGGAAUGCGGAGCUGGAGGCCAAGAUGCCGGUCAUCAUGAAGAACUCCGUGUACAUCCACAAGGCGGCCACUCGCCGCAUCAAGAGCUGCCGCUUCCACCGGCGCCGGUCCAGCACCUCCUGGAAUGACGUGAAGCCGUCCCAGUCCUUCAUGACCUCCCAGCUGGAAGCUAACAACAUGGAGGAGCUGAAGGAGGUGGCCAAGCGGCUCAGCCGGGACCAGCGCUUCCGAGAAUCCAUCUACCACAUCAUGGCGACCCAGCCUGGAGCCCCCUCUGCGCUUCCCCCGGUGGCAAAGUGAUGGGCGCCCCUCCCGCCGCCCAGGUCCUUCCUCACUGGGGGCAGGAGGGAGGGGGAGGGAGAGGCCUGAGUCUCCGCGGCUCCUCUCUGCCAGCGCUCCACGUGGGGGCCGGCCUCACCCGCAAAGGACAGGGGCGCCACCUCCCUCACCCUCACCCCAGACCCUACCCUUGGGUCAGGUCAGGCCAAGCUGGGUGCCACCUGGUUGUCAUGGUGAAGCGAGGAUGGGUCCUGGCGGCACAGAGAGACUUUUCUGGCCGGGGAGCGGGCUGGGCAGGGCCCACCACCUUCUGCCGCACCCGCUGUGCUUCUCUCGUGACUCUGCCGCCCUCCCCACCUUGACCC